GAUCUUCCUCUUGGAGAGGGAAGAGGGCGGCGAGUUUGACGCGCCGACGGCGGGGUUCCUCCACGUUCUCCUCCUCCUAGCCUCCCUCAGUUCCGAUGCCCGGGCGGCGAGCGCGCCGUUCUCGCCGGCUCCCUUGAGGCAGACCGGGUGGCGCGUCCGGAGCUGUCCAGCGCCAGGCAGAAGACGGUGGGCGGCUCCAGACGGCCGGUGAACUCCGUAGUCCCCUGGCCAGCCUGCCGCCCUGGAUCGACCGAAUGGCUUCCUUGUACCAGCGCUUCGGCGGGAAGAUCAACACCUCCCGCUCCUUCCCCGUCACGCCCGAAGCCAGCCAUCUCCUAGGCCCCCAGUGCUCCGAGGAAGACGGGGCCGCUGCUGCUGCUGCUGCCGCCGCCGCCGCCGCCUCGGCCCACGCGGUCGCUGGAGCAGCGAAGGCUUCGCGCCCGUCGCAGCCGCACAGCCCCAGACUUCGCUUCCAGUACCAGGCGAGGAGGAGCGACGGCGAGGAGGAGGAUGAGCUGGUGGGAAGUAAUCCUCCGCAAAGGAACUGGAAAGGAAUUGCAAUUGCUCUACUUGUGAUUCUGGUGAUCUGCUCCUUGAUUGUCACUUCUGUUAUCCUGCUGACACCAGUUGAAGAUAAUAGCCAGUCUCAGAAGAAGAAAAUUACAGUGGAAGAUCUAUUCAGCGAAGAUUUCAAAAUUCAUGACCCAGAGGCUAAAUGGAUAAGUGUACUUAAGGUGUCUAUAAAAGCUAUUAAAUACGAAGUUUCACCAGAUAGAGAGUAUGGACUCUUUGCCUAUGACAUUGUGCCGAUGUACCGGUAUUCAUACACUGCUUUUUAUGUCCUCAGAAAGCUGCCUAAUGGGGAGCCUCAAAAUCUCUACCCUCCCGAGGUUAGCAAUGCAAAGCUCCAAUUUGCGGGAUGGGGACCCAAAGGCCAGCAGCUGAUAUUUAUAUUUGAAAACAACAUCUACUAUUGUGCCCAUAUCGGGAAACAAGCAAUCCGUGUCGUCUCCACUGGAAAGGACAAAGUGAUUUUUAACGGACUCAGCGAUUGGCUGUAUGAAGAAGAGAUCCUGAAAAGCCAGAUUGCUCACUGGUGGUCUCCUGAUGGCACAAGAUUAGCCUAUGCAACUAUCAAUGACUCCCGGGUCCCAUUAAUGGAGAUACCCACAUUCACCGGAAGCCUUUACCCGAAAGCGGAAACUUAUCACUACCCAAAGGUCGGGACAGAAAAUCCAAGCAUUUCCUUACAUGCAGUUGUGUUGAAUGGGCCUCCUCAUGUUUUAGAGAUGACGCCACCGGAUGAUCCACGGAUGAGGGAUUAUUAUAUAACCAUGGUGAAGUGGGCAACCAGUACCAAGUUUGCAGUUAACUGGCUAAAUCGAGCCCAGAAUUUUUCCAUUUUGACUCUCUGUGAUGCAACCACAGGCGUCUGCACAAAGAAACAUGAGGAUGAAAGCACAGCCUGGCUGCAUCGGCAGAAUGAAGAGCCCAUCUUCUCUAAAGAUGGCAAGAAGUUCUUUUUCGUCCGAGCCAUUCCCCAAGGCGGACGAGGCGAGUUCUACCAUAUUGCCAUGUCAUCAUCUCAGCCCAAUAGCAGCAAUGACAAUUUACAGUCUAUUACAUCGGGUGACUGGGAUGUGUCCAAAAUUUUGGGCUAUGAUGAGAAGCAGCAUAAAAUCUAUUUCCUCAGCACAGAAGAGUUGCCAAGGACUCGGCAUUUAUACAGUUCAAUGCAUUUUCUUAAAUAUAAAUGCAUUUUCUUUUUUUUUUUUCAAGGUCCACGAAUUCCAAUGGUAACUGUCCACAGAACAUCCGAUACAGAAAAACUGUUUGACCUUGAAGUAAAUGCCAGAGUGCAGAAGACAGUCGCAGAACGACAGAUGCCCAAGCGGGAAUAUCUUGAUAUCAAGAUUCAGGAUUACAAAUUGCCACUGCAAAUUUUAAAGCCAGCCGUUUUCAUGGAAAACACGCACUACCCUUUGCUCCUCAUUGUGGACGGGACUCCUGGCACCCAAAGCGUCACAGAAAAGUUUGAAGUGAACUGGGAAAGUGUCAUGGUCAGCUCCCACAGUGCCAUCGUGAUGAAGUUUGACGGGCGUGGAAGUGGAUUUCAAGGGACUAAACUCCUGCAUGACAUCAAAAGAAAAUUGGGCACCGCUCAGGAAAAGGAUCAGACAGAGGCUGUUCGGGCAAUGCUGGAAAAGGCAUUUAUUGAUAAGACUCGAGUUGCUGUGUUUGGGAAGGAUUAUGGUGGCUACUUGAGUUCCUACAUCCACUUUUCUGGGGAAGAAAAUAAAGAGCCAACCUUCUCGUGUGGGGCGGCCGUUUCCCCAUUGUCUGACUUCAGAUUGUAUGCUUCAGCUUUUUCAGAAAGAUACUUGGGAUUACAAGGGUUCGACAAUAAUAAGAUAUAUGAGAUUACUAAACUCUCUCAUCGAGUCACAUCAAUGAAAGACCAAAACUUUUUGAUCAUCCAUGCGACAGCUGAUGAGAAAAUUCACUUCCAGCACACUGCAGAGUUCAUUACUCAUCUAAUUAGGAUAAAAGCUAAUUACAGUUUGCAGAUUUACCCCGACGAAGGUCACUACUUCAACAACCCAACCCUGGAGCAGCACUUAUACAAGUCCAUUGUCAAUUUCUUCGUGGGAUGUUUCGAAGUCCCAGACAAAGCCCCAGUGGUUUCCACGAAAGAAGACGAGGAUGAAGAUUAACUUUUCUGGGCUUGUGCUGAGAAGCACAAGGCGACUUCUCAAAAAAAAAAAAAAAAAAGAUAUGCAACUAAAUCCUCCCGAUUUCCCUUCCCUGAAGAAAAGGAGUGUUGUGUGAGCAUGUAUUUAAGGAAAGCGAAAACGGAAUAGCAGUCCUGGUGCUGGUAUCGGAGCUCCCGCCUUCUCAAACGGAAAAAAAAUAUUUAAGCAUGAGGAACUCAGCAGGCGCUGCUGUUGAGAACCGAUCCCUACGAACAAAAAUGGCUGCGGUCUGAUUUCUGGCUAUAAAGCGUAUUGACUGGGAAACGGAAGUCUGAAGGCAAAUUCGCCCAGAUGCCCACAAGGCAAACCCUUUUCCCGUUGCUCAAAUGCAAGUCCCAGAAAUGAGUUUAAAAUACUCUUGUCUGUAUUAGGGGUCCCUUAUUUAGCAUCUCAUUGUUUCCUAUAAAACGAACCAUCCAUGGAAUAAAGAUUAUAGCACAAUUAUUUUUCGAGGGGUACUGAAAUUGUGUGUUGUUUAUCUGUCGUCUUCUGCAUUUCCAAGAAAUUAGGCAUUUGCUGCAGAACUGCUCAGUUACAUUGGCGUUUUCUUUGUAUAAAAGCACCGCUGUAGCUUUACUAACCACACACUGUACAGGCAUUUCUCUAUAUAUGGUUUUUAGCUGUCGCCCCCUUUUCUCUUCAGCCUUGCUCUACUAAAACUUUGUUGCUGCAAUGUUCUCUAGGCUUUAAGAAAACCCCUUUAAAGCCUAGAGAUCCACAGGAGUUCCUGCUUAAGAUAUUAUUCUUUUUAGAUAUUCUGGAAUAUC